AAUAGCAUGCUCCCUACUACACGAGAGGAGGGAGGGUGAAUCCUUAUAGGGUGGGUGUGUGUGUGUGGCUUGUCCUCUCUGCCUGCCACUCCUAUCCUCCCCCUCUCAUACACAAAACACACAAUAGACCAACACAAAGAGGACAUAAGGUGGAAUGCUCCUCCUCUCCCAUAUAGCAUGUAUAUUUGUAGGGUGGCAUCACUAAACAUGGUCCUGUAACCCAUCAGGCCUUUUCUCUACAGGGACAAUGCACAAUAUCCUAGGCUGAGGAGCUGACAUUUUUAGGAUUCCCUAUCAGAUGAGGAUUCUCUACACCAAAGCCUGCUAUUUGUAGGAUCACAAUCCUUCCACUAUGGGCAAAUGCACUGGGAGAUGUACCUUGGUUGGGAUCUGCUGCCUGCAGCUGGCAGCUGCACUACAAAGACAAAUCUUUGACUUCCUCGGCUACCAGUGGGCUCCAAUAUUAGCUAAUUUCCUGCAUAUUAUGGCUGUUAUCCUGGGGAUAUUUGGCACUCUACAUUAUAGGUCCAGGUACCUGAUAUUGUAUUCUGUGUGGCUGGCAUUAUGGGUGGCGUGGAAUGCCUUCAUAAUCUGUUUCUACCUAGAAGUGGGACACUUAUCACAGCACAGGGACUUGAUAAUGAACUUUAACACCUCCCUGCAUCGGUCAUGGUGGAUGGAGAAUGGACCAGGGUGCCUGGUGACACCGGUGCGAGCACCUCCUCUGUCCAUGGCUGAUCAUCAUAUGAUAACAGUGACUGGGUGUCUACUUGACUAUCCUUAUAUUGAAGCUUUGAGCAGUGCACUACAGAUCUUUUUGGCGCUCUUUGGUUUUGUUUAUGCCUGUUACGUCAGCAAAGUUUUCAUGGAUGAAGAAGACAGCUUUGAUUUCAUUGGCUCCUAUGAUUCCUAUGGAUAUCAGGCUCCCAUGAAGACCUCACACCUCCAAUUGCAGCCACUGUACAAGCCUGGCUAGAUGUCUCCUGCGAUUCUCCAUUCACUACACAUCCUCUCGAGUCAAAGCCCUUCCCGUCUCUCUUCAUGUCUCAUUUAGAUUUUCCAUUUAUAUUCCGGAUCAUUGGUCGAGUUGCCUUAAAACACCAAAACACAGCAGUAGUGAUGUUCAGAGAUCCCUGAACUGAUUGCACACAAUAUUACGGCAAUGUUUGAUGUCACUGAUGGCAUAGAUUGGCAAUAAAAUGAGAGGUACUCCUGUGCCAGUAACACCA